CUACUGCCGCAAUGGGCCCAGGAUAACUCAAGUCUUCUCGGCGAGGUCGGCUCAACAAAUGGUCUUCAGCAUCAACACCAACAACAGUCACUUCAUUUGUUGGCCGCUGGCCUUCCGGAUACAGACUUCGGGCUUUGUGGUCCAGAUUCUAUCCACAUAGAUCCUAGCCUUCAGUACUCAGAAUCGCCACCUUGGGACACUCUGCACUUGACGUCCGCUGCUUAUGUGACGCCUCCCGUCGGUGCCAGUCCCCUCGGCAUCCCGACUGAUCAGUCUUUCCUACCUGUCUUCAUCGACUCGUCACCCCCCGCCUUUUUCGACACAUUCUCCGAGACCUUUGUCCCCGUACAACUGGAACCACUCUUUGAAUCGAGCUCCAGUGCCAACUCCAAUUCCAACAGUCCAAACCAACUUCCGCCCCUGGAUAUGUUAAUACAUGCUGCUGAGCCAUCUCACCAGUCCUCGCCCAAUCACAUUAGUCAAGACCCGGAGAUUGCUAUUCCCCACGCCGACAAGAUCCUUCGUCGUCAGCGAAACACUAUUGCGGCUCGCAAGUACAGACAGAAGAAGGUCGAUCGCAUCGACGAGCUUGAAACAUUGCUGAAGGAGAUGACCCGGGAGAGGGAUGAUUUGCGAAUCCGCCUCGCCCGGCAGGAGGCAGAGACUGAGGCGCUCAAGAGUGUCAUGUGCAAUGAGAUUAAGUAA